UUUUCAUCUUCUUAAAUUUUGGGACCACGCCCUUAAAUAAUCUGGAAACACAGAUGCACGGCGUGGAUAUAGAAUGCAUGAAUAGAGGUGAGCCCUACGGUCAGGAUCCCACCCAGAUAUACGGUGGGUCCCACCCUUUCAAAUCUCUCCCUCCCCUCGCAUUGUCCAUGGCCAGGACAAAGCUCUUGCCUGAAAAGCAACAACCCGCUCUCAGCAGCGGCCCUCCGACCCUACCAGAAGAACGCAGCCAGUCAAUUGGUUCGGGAAGUGCGGGGACUUCUUCAGAGAGGAAUCAGCACCAGCCCUACCACUUCAGACCAGGAACGGUGGCCCUUCUCGAGAUCCGGAAAUAUCAAGCUUCAAUUAAACUUCUGAUAACUUGUGCAAGUUUCAUUAGAUGCGCGACGGAAUAUUAUUUGGUCCAUCUGUUUGAAGAUACAAUGCUUUGUGCAAUUCAUGAAAGGCGUGUUACAAUUAUGAGGAAAGAUAUGGAGUUAGCAUGAUGGAUUGGCAGGACCAGGUGGUGGUGUUAGGUACAUGAUAAAAUACUGUGAAUGAUGUAAAUGUAAUCCAUUCAUGAGUGGUUUUUACUGUAUUUGCUCUGUCUAGAGUUCGAUGUAUAUUCAACAGUUUGUAGAUUAUGUUAGCCUAGAAACGCAUUUGGAGGUUCCCAAGAGACUUGAGACGUGCAUUUUGUCUUUUAUUUUUUCUUUGUGAUAGAUGACAUCCACUAACUGUGCUGAGGAGAGUUCAUGUGGUGUUAACUAUCCUCCAUUAAAGAGAGACCUUCGAUGCAUUGUUUCAAAUACGGUGGUAUGUGUGUA